AUGGGGGACAUGAGCAGUAUAGAAGAUAUUUCAAGUACGAAGCAGCGUCCAAACACAACCCUGGUUUUGAUUGUCAUCGCCGUUGCCAUAGUGGGAGGCUUCACCAUCGGCAUUUUGAUUGGUCGCUUUGCCACGUGUCCCGACGAGGAAAAUGAGAAAUACAAAAAGUCGGUGCAAGAAGCGGAUUCAGCGAUAACUGAUCUUCUACUGCAGUCUAUCAGCGCAGAAAACAUAGAAGUAAACUUAAAACACCUGACACAGAGUCCUCACAUCGCAGGAAGGGACCGCGACUUUGAGCUUGUGGCCUACCUCAAGAGUAAAUUUACAGAAUAUGGACUGGAUUCUGUAAAGUCCACGCCGUACCAGGUUCUCCUGUCGUAUCCAGACACCGACAAUCCCAAUACUGUGCUGAUAGUGAACAACACAGGCGGGGAGACUAUCGUCUUCGACUCCACUUCCACCGAGAGCAACAUCUCUCAUCUUGAGGGAGUUAUCCGCCCUUUUCUGGCUUACUCCCCCUCAGGUGUAGUCAACACUUCCAAGCUGGUGUACGUGAACUACGGACGAGUUGAAGAUUUUGAAUUUCUGAGAACAAACUACAACAUGACAUUUAAUGACUCUAUCGUCAUUGUGAGAUAUGGCAAGAUUUUCAGAGGAAGCAAGGUAGAAAUCGCCGCGCGCUACGGGGCCUUGGGGGUCAUCAUCUACUCAGACCCUGCGGACUACACGUGGUCGGAGGACACUCGGUAUUUCCCGGAUACAUGGUGGCUGCCACCUAGCGGCGCACAGAGAGGCACCCUCUACACCGGCGUGGGAGACCCACUAACCCCCGGGUAUCCAUCUAUAGCCACGGCGUAUAGAUACAACGAGAGCGACACGCCACUGGUGUUGCCAACCAUACCAGCACACGCCAUGGGCUAUGGAGGGGCCGUGCGCUUUCUCAGAGAAAUGCAAGGUGCAGAAGUUCCCAAAGACUGGAGAGGCGGCUUGAACAUCCCCUACAGGCUGGGCCCAGGGCUUACUCCUGGACUCUCACUUCGCAUGAAGGUUACAACAACUAACAGCAUUAGAAGGGUGGACAACGUGAUAGCCACGUUGAGGGGAGACGUGGAGCCUGACCGCUACGUGUUGCUGGGAAACCACCGCGACGCCUGGGUGUACGGCUCCAUUGAUCCUUCGAGUGGAACGGCCGUCAUGAUGGAGGUGGCCAGAGCUAUGGGCCAGCUGGUCAAAGACAAGAGAUGGAGGCCACGCCGCUCUAUCAUGUUCUGUUCCUGGGGAGCAGAGGAAUAUGGUCUCCUUGGUUCUAAUGAAUGGGCAGAGCAAUAUGUCAAGUCCCUGGGGGCGAGAGCUGUCGCAUACGUGAAUAUCGACAUCGCUGUGGAAGGUAACAAUUCCCUUCGUGCUGCAGGCACACCCCUGAUGUACAGAGCUCUUUAUGAGGCUGCCAAAAAGGUACCUAAUCCUAGCGAAGCAGAAGUCAGUCAGAACAGACGUACGGUGUACGACACGUGGGCUCACUCAUUCCCAUGGACCUCCUCUGGUUUUGCCCUACCUUUUAUUGAAGAGUUGGGCUCCGGAAGUGAUUUCACGGCCCUCCUGCAGUUCAUCGGCAUCACAUCAUCGGACAUAAGCUACACGUAUGAUUGGAAUAAGUAUCCCAUCGGUUCCUAUCCUCUGUACCACACAGAGUACGAGACAUUCGAUGCAAUGAAGCGGCUGAUAGACACGGACUUCAAGUAUCACCGGUCCGUGGGUCAGGUGGCAGCUGAAGUUGUCCGUUCACUGGCCGACUCUCUCAUCAUUCCCUUCAACAUCUCGGACUACGCCUGGGGGCUAGAAAUGAACAGACGGACGCUGGACACAGAGGUCGGGGCACGACUGCAACAAAUUGUCUCUAACUACUCGGACUUGCAGAAAGUUAUAGAAGGUUUUAAGAAGGAUGUACAUGAGUUUGAAAGAACCGUAUCGAAAAUAGACAGAAAUGAUCCUAUGGCCAUCCGUAUGGUAAACGACCAGCUGCUGUUUCUUGAAAAAGCUUUCCUGGACCCCACAGGACUGCCAUUUAGACCCAAUAAGAAACAUUUGAUAUUCGCCGAAAGUGCCAACGACGCAUACGCCGGAAGCAGUUUCCCAGGGCUGGUGGACCUCCUGUUUGACAUAGACAAACUGCAGGCAGACAGACUGGCAGAGCGCUGGAAGGAGAUACAACAUCAUUUCUCCGUUCUUGUCAACGCUAUACAGGCCGCGGGCUACACACUUCGGGACGUCACCGAAUUCUUGGAGGAAACAUACUGAACACCACUCAUUGCUGACACGGUGCACAUCACGUGACAUGAUGCUGCCUAUUUUCCUGCACUACCACCAUCACCGCCACCACCACCGCGCUACGUCAUCUGGUGUAAAAUAACUCUUUUCCAAAGUUAUCACGCCCGGUAUGUGGGCAAGAGUGAUGCACAAUAUAUUUUACAUUUUGUAUAAUAAAUUUUAGCUUGUAUUAUUGAAACGCACAGACUGUGUACGACCGUCUGUAUUCUAACAAGUAGUAUUCGGGGAAAAAAACACAAUCAUACACAAUCACGCACACGCGCACGCAUAUAUGUAUAUAUAUAUAAUUUUAUGUGAUUUAAAAAAUAUUUAGACAUUUUACUGUUAUGAUGAGAAGUGUUUUCUGAUAAUUACAAUAUAAAAGAAAUCAAAAUCUUAUUAAAGCAGUUUAUCUUGGUUCACUUUGACAACUGCUUUACUACAGUCAUUUUAUCGUAGGAACUAGACACGCUGCUGUCAUUAGCUUAAAUAAUCUGUACUCACUCAGUCUCAAAGUGAAUGCAAUAGUCACCGUGUGUGUGUGUGUGUGUGCGCGCGCGUGCAUGUGUUUGAACUCUCCUACAAGUGUUUGCGUGGUUUUUUUUCCCGUGACUCACAUAACCGUUAUCGCUCAAAAAUAAACUUUUUAUCGUCUGAUUUGAAUUCCACACUCUUUGAUUUUGAGAAAAGUCAGAAGAAAUGAAUGUUAUUGUGUUAAAUGUCCCUUGUUUGUUAUUGCAUAUUUACAACAUGUCCUUCAAACAAGCGCAGGUAGUUUCUCUUACUAGUGGCACGACAACGGGCCACACUUGUAGGUAGUGUGUGACCAAUGGAAGGUGCACCUUCAAAAGUAUAAGUAUUUUUUGCAUUAUAUAAUUACGACAGUAAACUCAUGCACACAGCAGCUGAGCAUACUUGAGCCAGGUACUAGACGCCAUAUAAAUAAUACUGAUAAAAGUGAGUUUGUAACAGCACGCGAAGUUUGGCCAACAGUAAUGUCUGAAGAGAAGACUUCUACCACUUGUGGCAAGCAGACCACCAGAGAGCCGCUGAGAGCCGGCUGUAAAUCUGUUGGAGAUGUUAAUAACCUGCUUUCGUUGACUGUUCUACUUCUUAGUUUACUUUUCCUCUUUCUUUUCUACGUCUUCUUUCUCCCUGUCACGUGACCGCCUCUCCCCCACAUCCUCCCUCCCGCUGUCAUUGGUUCUGUUCUUGUUGCACACCCAAUCCUCUGUCUCGUCCUCAUCAAGGAUUCAACAAGCUACAUGAGACUAUCACAUUCUCCCAUAAAGUAGCAUGCACCUCAAAGUAAUCGAACUUUUAUUUUUGUAGAUUAUUAUUUCUAACUGUACUUUACACUGUUAGAGUUGUUGUCUAGCACUCGUCGCCUCAAUUAUAGGAACACGAGGAGUGGGUAGGAUUGCAGACUUGUUUAUCAAGCUGGAUUUCGACAGUAUUGAAAAAUAAGCUAUGAAAAUAGAAAAGACACCUACACUGCUUAGUCGCUGUAAAUACAGGUAAAUGGAAGGAGAUGAGGAACUUUGGAGAGUGGAUGAAGAAAAGAAGGAAAAAAGAUGGGAUCACACUAUAAAAGAAAGAGAAUUUGCGU